GUUCUUACUGUACAUUUGUGGAGACAACAGAUGCUCUAGUGUUUAGUUUACGGUCUGAUAUUUUCUGUUAGGAAAAAACAGCAUUUGGAAAAUGCAGUGCACUGCAACAUUUACAAACCAGUAUAUGUCACUCUUGUUGCUGACUGUUCCUUUAGGUUCUCACUUACAAGCCAGGAACAUAAACUUGUACGUCAGCAUCAGGGUAAAGAAUGAUUCUGGCAGGAUUUAAUAAUUGUUUAUUCAUGACAUCACAAGUGAAGGAACGGAACCUCACUUUCUGAGGGAUUUAAUGUGUGAUGGGCAUAUCUUACAAUUAAUUGGCAGUUAUGUAAAUGGUAAAAUGUCACUUUUUAACAAAUUAAAAUAAUCACUGUGGUAUCAUGAAAGAAAAGGUUUUGUUACAUUGCGUUUGUACAGGUAUUCUGUGAUUUGUCUACAGGUUAAAAGUUUAGAGGGUCAGUACCAACAUAGAUAUAAAGAUAACUCUAAAGUGGGAGCGAACGUUUAGGCUGAAACAUCUGGUAAGGGUUUUGCGGAGCUACAGUAUUUAUUAGAAGAAUAUAUCUGUUAUAACUCUCCAGGGUUAUUGACGUAAAGUAUUCAUCAUACGCAUAGAUAGAAAUAUUACCACUACUCUCUGUGCUAGUAUAUUUGCACUAUCUGCGCACACUUUCUAGUUUUCCCAAAGUGAAGUCACUUUGAGCCGUUCGGCUCUCCAUCACUUGUCUGUGAUGUUGUUACUGCUGCUGACUCGUCCUUCUUUAGAAUGAUGUGGACUGAAAAGGUCAUGAGCUGUGACAGGGAAGCCCUGUGUGCUUUAUUUUAUUGAUGGGCGGGGUAGUUCUGUUAACUCUUGCUUUGCUCCUACCAACAUGGGUUCUUAAAAAAAUUCAAAGGCCAAUGUCUUUAUUGUAUGUUGUCAUGAAGUAAUAUGACGUAAUAUGCAAGCCUGAAAGGAUACAAUAUAUAUUACUAGACGAUUACUAUAUUACUAGACCUCUUCUUCAUCAUUAGGGGGCAGUAAAGAAUCAGACAGUGGCAGCAAAGUUAAAAAAAACCCACAUCAAUACAUUAGAACACUCAAACACCCUGGUAUUUUAAUGCCUUAUACCAGUUAGACAGAAGUACAGUACUAAAUACUAAUUCAAUUUUUCUAAAGAAGUGCCAUUUCUUUUAGAACAUGUCCAGCUUGUAUGUGUAGAUUUAUAUAUUUAUGAUUGUUCAUUACAUGCCAGUGUUCCACAUGUCAUAACUCUGUCAGACAAUGCUCUUAGAGUUUAUGAAUUAUUUACUAAACCUUCAUUUACCUGAGAGCGGACUACAGUGUGCCUUUAAAAGCCUGACAGAGGAUCAGUGUGAUUUGGAGGGCAUGCUGCUACAUUUAUGUUUUGGAGUUGGGCUGUAGGUAUAAGAAUUUCUCCGAUGUGAUUUAAUGUGCAUCAAUAGCUGUGAUUGUGAUGCAACGUGCGUAUAACAGUGUGUGGCAUUGGACACUGUAUUAUGAAGAUCUGCAUUUAUUUAAUUAUUUAAACUGUAGCUCUUAUUUUCUAAGUUGGAUUUUUUUGCAACAAAUAUCCACAAGACGGAAAGAUCACAACAACAUCAUACACUAUAAUUUUUUUUCUCUAAUGUUCAAGGUAUAUAAAAAACGACUCAGAGUUUGUGCUUAUGUGUUUUUUGAGUAGUCACCAAACCUGAACAUAUUAUAUCUUUGUUGUGACUGAGUGACAGAAUAACAACAGAUCACACAUGGGAGAAGGCAUUCAACUUUGUUCACAGCAAAUCCCACAUGGAAGAAAUGGAAGCUACACACAAAAUACCAAAACAUUAUUUUUUGCUGGCUGUAUCUCAAAAUCAGCUGCUAUAGCUGAGAAGAGUUUUUUUUUCCUAAAUAUCGUACAGUGGGUGUGUGAUAAAAUACAGGAGUGUGUGGAACGAAGGAAGAUAAAAAUAGAGUUCUUUGUUAAAGAGCCUUGACUCUACAUCUAAACCUGAUUCUGGUCUUAUCUGGCCAUGUCAUCAGACCUCCUCAGCAAGUGGACAACAGCAGUGUGAGCAGUUAAAAUCCUGUGUGAGACAGGAGGGGGUGCUGAAAAAUCCGCGAGUCUGUUGUUAUUUUUAGUCAUUUCUGUCUCACGGGUCCAGGAUAAUCCACCACUGCACACAGCUUAUCCUGAUUGGAGAGUUCGGGUGUAGAAGAGAUGGUGUGGGAGCAGUACACGGUCACUCUGCAGCGGGACUCCAAAAUGGGUUUUGGUAUUGCUGUGUCAGGUGGACGGGACAACCCCAAUGUGGAGAAUGGGGAGACAUCGAUCAUCGUCUCAGAUGUGCUAAAAGGGGGCCCAGCUGAUGGUCUACUCUUAGAGAAUGAUCGUGUCAUUCAGGUCAACUCCACCUCUAUGGAUAAUGUGCCUCAUUCCUUUGCUGUGCAGUCUCUCCGUAAAUGUGGCAAAGUGGCUAAAAUAAUAGUGAAGAGACCUCGUAAAAUGGCCGUUCACAUGAAGCAGCCUCCAUCACCAAGUGGGGACAGUCGGGAGUACACCCCCUCCAGCCACUACUAUGAUGCAGACAAUGACAACAGCUGGUACCAUGGUGAAGGGCGGGAUCAUACCUCUGAGGGCAAAGGUUACCUGGAGCCUGAGUACAGGGGGGGGCAGGACUACAACCAGAGAGGGAGGAGCCGUGGGAGGAGCCCAGAGCGAGCCUCCAGCCUGGACAGAGCAAGGAGAGAUGGCAGUAGGGAACGAACCCUGGACACCGGUGAUCGUCAGCAGUAUCACAGCAGAGAACGAAGUCCUGACGACAACUACCGCCCGGAGGACAAGUAUGAACGAGGAAAAGGAGGGCGAUAUAGGAGCAGAGACCGGCUUGAUGACCACUCUCCAUCUCCAGAACGUAGCAGAGAUCUGGAGCCACUGGAGAAACCUGUAAAUGUCCUGCUGGUGAAAAACAGACCUAGUGAAGAGUAUGGUCUUCGCCUGGGGAGUCAGAUCUUCAUCAAACAGAUGACCAGCACAGGCCUGGCGGCCAAGGAUGGAAGCCUUCAUGAAGGAGACAUCAUUUUGAAAAUCAAUGGUACCGUGACAGAGAACCUCUCUCUGCAUGAUGCUGGGAAGCUCAUUGAGAAGUCCAGAGGGAAGCUGCAGCUGGUGGUCCAGAGGGACCGCCGCCAAAUCCUCGUCCGCAUACCUCCUCUAGCAGACUCUGACUCUGAGAAUGAUGACAUCUCAGAGAUGGAGUCGUUCCAUUCUUAUUCCCCUCCUGAGGACAGAAGGUCCCACCAGUCUGAUCUGUCCUCCCACUCCUCCAAUGAAAGAGACAACGCCAGGGAAGAACACGCAAGGACACCCAAGAUGUCGGCCAUGGCCUCUCCGUUCCAAGUACCUGUGGAGCCUAAAGCAUCGGUCGAUGUCGACGCAGAUCCAGCAGAGGAGCCUCAAGCUGCUGUAACAACUACACCCAAGAUACUUCUCCGACCAAGUUCAGAAGACGAAAAAUUGUAUGGUCCAAACACAGUGAUGGUGAACUUCCAAAAAGGAGACAGUGUUGGUCUGAGAUUAGCUGGAGGUAAUGAUGUCGGAAUCUUCAUUGCUGGUGUUCAGGAGGGCAGCCCUGCUGAGGAAGAGGGUCUGAACGUCGGUGACCAGAUCCUAAAGGUGAACAAUGUCAACUUUCAAGGCGUAGUGAGAGAAGAAGCUGUGCUCUUCUUGUUGGAGAUUCCUAAAGGGGACGUGGUCACCAUCCUUGCUCAGAGUAAACUUGACGUUUAUAAUGAUAUCUUGGUGUCGGGGCGUGGAGACUCGUUCUUUAUCCGCACCCACUUUGAGUAUGAAAAGGAGACUCCUCAGAGCUUGGGCUUCAGCCGAGGGGACAUCUUCAAGGUGGUGGACACGCUUUAUGAUGGCAAACUCGGGAACUGGUUAGCCAUCCGUGUUGGCCAGGACAAGCAGCUUCUGGAGAAAGGCAUCAUCCCCAACAAGAGCAGGGCUGAGCAGAUGGCCAGUGUCCAGACUGCUCAUAAGGUUGUUGCCGGGGACCGUGCCGACUUCUGGCGUCUAAGAAGCCAACGUUCUCUGAAGAGAAAGGACUUAAAGAGAACCAGAGAAAACCUCUGCAGUCAGAGCCUUGCUACACGUUUCCCUGCAUAUGAACGAGUGGUGCUUCGAGAGGCUGGUUUUCGACGCCCCGUUGUCCUGUUUGGACCCAUCGCUGAUGCUGCUACUGAGAGACUGGCUUCUGAGAUGCCAGAUUUGUUUGUAAUUGCCAAAACUGAGCCAAAGGACGCCGGAUGUGAAAAAUCCUCAGGUGUGGUGCGACUGAACACUAUUCGACAAAUCAUUGAGCAGGACAAACACGCUCUGCUGGAUGUCACACCUAAAGCUGUGGACACCCUGAACUACACCCAGUGGUACCCGAUCGUCAUCUUCUUCAACCCUGACAGCAAGCACGGCAUCAAAGCCAUGAGACAGAGGAUCAUCCCCAGUUCCAACCGCAGUUCCCGCAAACUCUACGAGCAGGCCGUCAAACUGAGGAAGACCUGCUCUUACUUGUUCACUGCCACCAUCGAUCUGAACUCAGCAAACGAUGGCUGGUACGGCAGCAUCAAAGACUCCAUCAGAGAACAGCAGAUGCAAGCUGUCUGGGUUUCUGACGGCAAGCUGGAGGGAGUAGAGACUGAUCUGGACUGCCAGGAUGUGGAGCGUCUCUCCUUCCUGUCUGCCCUGUCUGUCGACUAUCUUAGCAUGGACAGCCGGCUGACGUCUGACCUGGAUGACACUGCUGAUGAGGGCGGAUGCUACACAGACAACGAACACGAUGUGGAGAUGAUGCAAAUGUCGGCCAUAAGUCGCUCGUCUGAACCUGUGACGGCCGAGGAGAUCUUGCGCAGAUAUAGUCCAGAAAUCAGGAGUCGCAUGAGAAAAGUCAGCUGUCGGGAAGUGCUGAAACGGUCCAGUCCUCCAGCAGCCUCAUUGUCAGAGAGCAAGGUGAAACUGUCUUUGAGAGACAAUCCAGUCUUUUUGUCUGGUAUCGUCCACCAACAUCACCAUCACCAUCAUCCUCGCCAGUACCGCUCUCCACCACCAAGCUCCAGCAGAAGCUACGACUCUCCAUCCAGCAGCAGCCCUGCAAGCAGCAACAACGAUCCUCCACCACUCAUCUCUCAUACAGAUGCCCUGUACACACCUCUGCCUCCACCCCCGCCUCAUCACCUCACCACCUCCAAAAAACUGCAGCACCUGGGAGAGGCACCACAGUUUCAUGCAGGGCCACCAACCCCACCCAGCAGCUGCAGGAGCACAACAGAGGCUUUGACUCACUCAUCCUUGGUCUCACCGUGUAUGAACGAGACAACCUUUAGGCAGCGAGAGAAGGCCACGGAAGACAACACAGUGGAGGAUCCUUCAAUGAGGUCUUUCCUGGGGAAGAUCAAGGCCUUCGAGAAGAUGGAUCACUUAGCACGGACACACAGGCUGCUGCAAAUACAGGAGGCACACAGCGCCAGGUUAGAAAUAGUUCAGAGCCACCCAGAGAUCUAUGCUGUUCCUCUAAAGACGGCCAAACUGGAUUAUAGUCGGCCUCAGCCAAUCGGCUCCAGCUCCCACACAGAGUCUCAGAGCUCUCCAUCCUCUAAAGAAGGGCGUCCCUUCUACCCACCAGAGCAGGAGGAGACAUCAGUGGAGGCAGUGCCUGGAUAUUACACUGCCAACUCCCAUCAGUACCAGGACACUGAACUGUAGGAGCCUGUGGGCCUCCUAGAUGUACAUGUACUUGUUGCCUACGUACUGUAAAUACAACAGUCCUGCACUGGCCAGCUGCUGACUGUAGACUGUGACCACCGCUGAUAAGGAUGGAGAAAAUGUUUAUUUUCUCCCCCGUAGAACCAAGUACUCCUUGAAAACAUCUUUGGACAAAGGGAAGACACUGUUUCCACUUUUACAUUAUGUUUCCUUUCUUUCUAACACGCUACUUUGGAUUUUAUGGUCACGAUGGAGUGUUUAGGAAACCACUUGUUUUCUUGCCUAUGCAACUUUUCAGUUUGUGCACAGCAACUGAAACCUAUUGCCACGUGUUUGCACGCCUAAGCCCAAAGUUCACAGUGCGCUUUACAAUAUUUAACCCCUUCUUUUCUAUGCUCCUGCUGUUGCCAGAUAUUGUCAUAUAUCAACAUUUACAACUAUAUAUAACAAAGAAGUAUAUAUUGCUACUAUAUCCUAGAAUAUGUAUGCAUUCCAUCCUAUAUUGCCUGUUUGUACUUAAAGUAUAUAGUGUAUCUAGUACUUAUAUAUAUACCUAUAUAUAUAUAUAUACACCUAUAUAUAUAUAUAUAUAUAUAUAUA